UUGUAAACCGCGUAAUGUUGCAGACAAAAACCGAUUUCUCCAUAAUUUCCAAACCAAAAACUCCAUUGCCCAUUGCCAUCCAAUCCUUUUGGACCAUCAUUAAUGAUUUCUAGCCAUGCGUCGGCUUCAGAACAUUUCGUUUUCUUCUUCUUGUUCUUCCAGCAGCAGUUCCGCCUCCUCCGGAUCUUCUUCCAGGAAACAUUUUGAAGAUAAUAUUAAUAGUAAUCAGCGUAACCAGAAUCAACGUCCUAAAUCCCGUUACCAUUACUUGGGGCUUCGCAUUUCGGGAGCUAGGCUGCGAAGGCAAAAGGAGCCUAAGCGUCUCCCCGAACAGGAACCUCCAAAGAAGGAGGACCCGCAGGCGUCGCCGCUGUCUGCUGGUUGCGAUACUCCGUCAUUGUCAACUUCUCCGGCUUCGAAGACAACGUCGUCGGCAUUGGCGGUGCCAUUGCCGCUUCCGCUUCCUCUUCCUGAAGGAGACGGGGAGCAACGGUUUCCGUCGCCCAAGGAAGUUGGACAUAGUAAAGGUUUAGAGGAUAGAGAUUCAGAAAAAGCAGAUGAAUCUAUUUUUUUGGUUUCAAGCGUGUUUGCUUGUUGUGACUCGAGGAAGACGACAAAGAAUGUUGAAACAGUAUCAUCCUCUAGGGUGUUGCAACAGGAAGUGAAUAAAGGUGAUAGUUCCCAUGAUGAGUUUAUGGUGCAUUUUCCUAUAAGCAGUACUCCAACGAGUCAGUUUGGAAGUCCUGUAGCCACCCUACAAAAAAUGAGUGCCACCGAUGUGUUUCCGCAUUUCAUGGUUCCUACAGACAAUCAAAUCUGGUCUGCACCAGAGAUGAAUGCAUUAGAUGUUGCCGGGCUUCCUCCCCGAGCAUUCCAUGAUUACAAUGCAUAUACCACUGAUAACACUCCGCUGCACAGUCCAAAUAGAAGUCCUCAUCGAAAGAAUAGAAGCCAAAGUGGACCUCCUUCUCCAAUACAUCAGAGGUUGUCACUUGAGAGUAUUGAGAUCUCAUCGUUGCGUUCUGAAAGUAAUGGCCCUAUCUCUGUGCAUCCAUUACCUCUUCCUCCAGGAGCAACCGUGGCUUCCCCACCAGCUUCCAUUCCCCAAGUUGCUAAUAAGCCAGAGUCAUUGCCAAUGAAUUGUCGAUGGCAAAAGGGCAAGCUUAUUGGGCGUGGGACAUUUGGAAGUGUUUAUGUUGCCAGUAACAGAGAAACUGGAGCUUUAUGUGCAAUGAAGGAAGUUGACAUAUUUCCAGACGACCCGAAAUCUGCAGAGUGUAUAAAGCAACUAGAGCAGGAGAUCAAGGUUCUUAGCCACCUCAAGCAUCCAAAUAUAGUGCAGUAUUAUGGUAGUGAAAUAGUGGAAGACAAGUUCUAUAUAUAUCUGGAGUAUGUUCAUCCUGGUUCAAUUAAUAAAUAUGUUCGUGACCACUGUGGCGCCAUAACAGAAUCUGUUGUUCGCAAUUUCACUCGCCAUAUUCUAUGUGGGUUGGCUUACCUGCACAGCACAAAGACCAUCCACAGGGAUAUUAAAGGGGCUAAUUUGCUUGUUGAUGCAUCUGGAGUUGUCAAGCUUGCGGACUUUGGGAUGUCCAAACAUCUUAGUGGACAAAGAGCUGAUCUAUCUUUGAAGGGAAGCCCUUACUGGAUGGCACCAGAGCUCAUGCAAGCAGUGAUGCAGAAAGAUAAUAGUUCUGAGCUUGCUUUAGCUGUUGAUAUUUGGAGUUUGGGAUGUACAAUUAUUGAAAUGUUCACUGGUAAAGCACCAUGGAGUGAGUAUGAAGGGGCUGCCGCUAUGUUCAAAGUGAUGCGGGAUACCCCUCCCAUACCUGAAACAUUAUCACCUGAGGGGAGGGAUUUCCUGCGAUGCUGUUUCCAAAGAAAUCCUGCAGAGAGACCAUCUGCAAGUGUGCUACUAGAGCACCGAUUUGUCAAAAGCUCACUACAGUCGGCUACCUCAUCGAGCUCCUCAUCCUUUAAUGGGACAAAAGUCAUGGAUGCACCUCUUAGUCCAGGAGAGCGAUCUGAAUUUAAACUGGCUCAAUCGCCCAUGCAACAAGGCUUGCAAAGUGCAAAAACUGUGACUCCUGACUGUGAGACUGCACAACGAUCUCAUUACAAGCAUUCCGAGUUAACAGUGGCCCCACGUUAUUCACCUCGUUCAACCCUUGAAGUUCCUCCUGGUUUGUCUCCCUCAUCCUCAGGCCCAAAUACUCGUCCUCCCAGCCCUUCUGGCACCACUAAUAGAUCUAUCAACCAGGAGUGUAAGAAAAACCAUAUCUUCGGAUAACAUUGAAGGAGGAAACAUUGUACAUUAUUUUCAAGGUUUCUCUGAUAAGCAGCUUCAAGCAUUGCAUUGGAGACAACAAAAAGCCACCAUCCGACAUGUGGCUGUGGAGAACUGAACUAGAAACCCCCUACCUGAUUGCUAUCUUCAAUGCCUAAUCGAAGUUCCUGAAGCCUGUUGUCAUCCUUGAAGCAUAUCUAGAAACAGGUCGAUUUUGUAAAUUAUGGAGUAUUUUUUAGAGCCACCAAAUUGAGAAAGCUUACAUGUAUAUUCUUACAGAAGUUGACAUAUCUAAUCUUCUUAAGUCGAAUGAAUUAGUAGAUUUUAGAAAGUGUAAGUUAGCCAUAUAUAUCAAUCUUUUCUUUUCUUUUUUUAAUUC